AUGGGAACUCAAGACUCCAUUAACAUGAUGAAGCAAGGAACAAUCAUUUUUGAGCUACGAUCAAGAAGAUAUAUUCCACUUCUUAGGAAGAAUAUUGGUGGCUCACAACUCUUGGGGAAAGUUGAAAUUCCAUGGAAAAGAGUAUUUGAGUCAACAAGAAUGGAGAUAGAGGAGUGGGCAAUAUUCAUGACUACUUCAAAGAAUAUUAAUGAAGAUGUGAAACCUCCAGCAGUGAAGAUAGCAAUGAAGGUUAAAGUAAAUGAGAUAACAAAAAUUAAUAAGUUGAGAAGAUCAUGGGAUGAGUCAUGUGGUUGCAAGGGUUAUUGUGGGUGCAAUAGUAGUAUUUUUAGUCAUGAUGAUUAUGAAAUAUUUGCACUUGGAGCUGCUUUAGAUGUCCUUUAA